AUGUCAUGUAUAUACAACGUUUCGGAGCACCGGUCUGUGUGAGUAGUCUGUAUAGCACACGAGUCAACUUUUAUUUAUUUGCUUACGAUACAUUUAAGCAACAAGUUAUCAUUAAAUAUUAGUAAUUAAAUGUCGAGCGCCUUCAUAAUUCAUUAAUUACAAGCACAAGUGCGUUCUCACCAUUUUGGACGUAUGUUAUUGAAUAGUCAACAAAUUACCAAACUAACCUCUGGGCUCCAAACAAUGGACAAGCUUUGUUGUUCUAUGCGGUACGUGUAAAGUGUUUUUUGCACAAUCAUACCUAAUUCAUGUGCACUCGGUAAAUGCUAAAAUCAAUUACAAUAUUUAUUGGCAUGCAAUUGGAGUUGGUUGCCAUCGCGUACUAAAUAAAUGUCAUAUACUAGUGAAACCAACAGUGAUAUUGAUAUACUUAAAUGUACUAUUGAUACUUUCGGACUUCUGCUUUUGAGUGUUUUAGUUUAAAAAAAUAAAUAAAUAAAUAAAAGCAAAACAAUGGUUUUUGAAGUCAAGAAUGAAAAUUCUACAUCUGUAUGUACAUAUUAGUCAGUAGAAAAACAUAUUGAUUGAGGAACAUUGCUGGGAAACAAUACAUUUUGUUUAAGAGAAGUGAGUCAAGUUGGAAAACGGCUUGAAAGGCAAAGCCAAUGCUGGUUUGUUCUUUUAUCGUCAAUCAAAUUAAAAACUCGAAAAUGCCCUGCUGGUACUAUGAAAAGAAAGAACUGCGAAAUACACCCUCUAUUCAGGAUGGAAUCGAUUAUGACACGGAAUCCAGAUACCGUAAAGAAGGUGCCAGAUUUAUUAUUGAUGUUGGAACAAAAAUGGAUCUUGGCUACAACACGAUGGCCACUGGUGUUGUGUAUUUUCAUCGGUUUUACAUGUUCCAUUCCUUUAAAACAUUUCCUCGUUACGUGACAGCCUGCUGUUGCUUAUUUUUAGCUGGCAAAGUAGAGGAAACACCAAAAAAAUGCAAAGACAUAAUCAAAACUGCAAAAACGUUACUUCCUGAUCAACAAUUUCUAACUUUUGGAGAUGAUCCUAAAGAAGAAGUAAUGACUUUAGAAAGAAUUCUGUUGCAAACCAUCAAGUUUGACUUACAAGUGGAACACCCAUACAGCUAUUUGUUAAAAUAUGCAAAGUGUCUAAAGGGUGAUAAGAAUAAGUUGCAAAAAAUGGUACAAAUGGCAUGGACAUUUGUUAAUGACAGUUUAUGCACGACAUUGUCACUUCAGUGGGAACCAGAAAUUAUAGCAGUAGCCCUUAUGUAUCUUGCAGGAAAAUUAAGCAAAUUUGAUGUCAUCGAUUGGACAGGAAGACAAACUAAACACUUAAGAUGGUGGGACAUGUUUGUUGAAGAUGUCACAAUGGAUUUAUUAGAAGAUAUAUGCCAUCAAGUAUUAGAUUUGUAUUCACAAGCAAACAAUCCAAAAACUCCAGAAUCUCCGCCUAUGACGCCAUCAAAUGAAUCUGUCAAAGACAAGUCAUCAACGCAAUCAUUGACAGAAUCGCCACUGAAUGCAUCAAAUGCACCUGCCAAGGUUUCUAAAUCCGAGAGUACAGCUGUUUCAGCGAAUGGAUGUCAGUCUGCUGAUGUUACUGAUAAUACAAAAUCGAUGGAUGUAACAAGCCAUUUUCCACCAUAUUCAUCAACUUUUCCACAAGGGAAUUCAUCUUUCACGCCAGUUUUUCCCCCAACCAAUAUUUCCGUACCACCUCCUGUAAAUAAUUUGAAUCAUAUUUCACCAAUGCACAUAAAUGUUGCUGUACCUAUGAGACCAUCGCCAUCAUCAGCAACACCUUCCCAACCAUCGUUUCAUCAGCCGUAUUCUUAUCCACCAAGUUCAAAUUAUUUUCCAAGUGGUGCAUCAUCGGCCCCUUCAAACUCACAACGGACAUACUAUCCACCACCGCCAUAAAUGGAAGAAUUAGUUUUUAAUUUACUUAAGUAAUUGUAAAUGUUAACAUGGAAUAUUUUUUUAUGAAUUACGUAAGAAUUAUGACUUGAAAAAUUAUAAAAUCCGCACUCACUAUAUAAUUCCCUGUAGGUACUAAUUAUUAAUAAGUAUUAAUGUGACUGCCUUGUUAUUAAAUGAAAAUUUGUAGUAACGUAAUUUUGUACCAUGAGCAUUUAAAAUUAUUACCAUUAUUAUAUUUGUUACUAUUUUCAUUUUUUUCAUAGUAUUAGGAGAGUAAUCGAAGUGAAAUUUAGAUGAUGUAUAUUAAAAUAAUUAAAAAAAAAAAUUAACUAACCAUGA